GAAAACAGAACUGGGACUGGGCGGGGGCAGCAGCCUCUGCUGUUGACAUAGAGGUUUGCCAUCUAUUUGGAUGGCGGCAUUCCGUCUGCAUUUUGAACGUACUGGCUCAGCCAUUCAAUAAAUUUUUAACUCUGUGAGAUCACAUAAUGCAUAAUUAGAAGUCACCUACCUGCCACAGUACCUCCAAGCUUCAGAGAAGCUGCAAAGAGCAAAGUAAGGAGACGUCAGGCAGCCCCAGGGCAUGGAAGCCCCGGAAGUGGGUAGCUACUUUUCCAACUCAUUCUUUGGUGAUGAAUCCUCUGACUGGUCACCAGUUCAUGAUGCUGCCAGCCAUGGACGGCUCCUUGCAUUGCGCAAAUUGAUUGCCCAGGGAUGCAGUGUAAAUCUGCUAACGCUAGACAAAAUAUCUCCUCUCCAUGCUGCCUGCCAAGGUGGUCAUGCAGCAUGUGCAAAGCUAUUAAUUGAAAAUGGCGCAAAAGUGAACACAACGUCCAUUGACUGGAACACUCCUCUGUACAAUGCUUGUGUCAGCGGCAGCACUACUUGCAUCGAUGUGCUCUUAGAAAAUGGUGCCACUGCUCAGGCAGAAAGCGAAUUAGCGUCUCCUCUCCAUGCAGUGGCGCAGAAAGGUCACACAGCAUGCAUUGAGCCAUUAACACAGCACGGCGCAGACAUUGACUACAAUAUUAAACAUUUGGGGACACCCCUCUAUGCUGCUUCCGCAAAGCAACAUUUGGAGACGACUCGAAAACUGCUAGAAUUGGGUGCAAAUGUGAACACUGGUAAAGAACAGGAUACCCCUCUCCAUGCUGCUGCUAGAAGCUUCAACUCUGACUUGGUCCAGCUUCUUCUUGAUCAUGGUGCCAAUGUCAGAGCAAGGAAUGCAGAGGGCAAGUGCCCUUUGGAGCUGGCAGCACCAGGCAGUGAUGUGAGGAGACUUCUACUGCAGCGAGAAGGACCUCCGACUUUGAUGAAGUUGUGCCGCCUAUCAAUUAGAAAAUAUUUGGGGCGAAGCAGAUUGAAGGAAAUAUUCCAACUUGACAUCCCAUCUGAGCUUAAGUGCUUCCUCAUGUACAGAUGACAUUCAAAAGGAUUUCUAGACUGGGCAGUUAAGAACCAAAGAGCAACAGCUGGGAGCCAUCAUGUUAUUGUAAAAUGAACAAUUAAAAAAGAGAAAAAAGAAACAAUGUUUUAUUUUCCUGUCUGAAGAAAGAUCCUGACAAAGGUGGUCCCUCUAAAAUGACAGAGCUGCAACGAUUAAGAGCUGCUGGCACAGCUAUAUCAGCUCACAAAUGAAUUGUUAUCAUCUCCAUUCACGAGGGUAUUGUCUUUUAUUUUAGUAACUCUUAAUAUGAAUGACAUAUUUCACCUCUUAUUGAGAAGGCUCCUCAUCUCUUCCAACCAGAAAAUGAACUUUGCGGUUCUGGGUACUUAGAUCGGCCCAAUUGCAGACAUGGCUGGUUCUGGGUAAGGCAGGGGGCCCCCGAUGAAUGAAGGUCCUUGACGAGAAGGUCAGCACAGAAUCUGAAGAUGUGGUGAAACAAAAACACAACAUGGAAUUUAAAUCCACUUCUCUGAUGGUGCUUCUCAUACUGUACGAAUACUGUAUUUAUAAAUACUGUAGGUCUUAGAGCUGUAACAGCUCUGACGUUCAUGUGAAAUUUAAAUAUUUUCCAUAUCUUCAUAGGAGCUCAACCAUGCCUAAUUGUUCAUACACUGUAGCUUCUUACCGCGACAUUCUUAUUAAAUAUGAAACAGUGAAUUUGUUUUUAUAGCUGGCUCUUUAUUCACUUGAUGUCCAAAUGACACCAGGAGAUGCAGUCAGCACUUAGAACAAUAAUUGCUGUUUCUAGAAAAUAAAUCAAUAAAAAUGCUGACCCAUUACAUUCCACUAGAGCGAUUCCUAAAACAGUUUUCUCCUACAGAUGUAAACAUCCAUCUCCUCCAGCUGUGUCCAGGAAGAAUGUAUUUUGUUAAUUAUGAAGUUGGUCAGUGAAGUAUCCUCAGGUUAGCUCCAUGGCACUAACUAGCUAACCGUUCUCUGCACAGUUCUGCCUGUGUCCAGGCCCGUCACAUUCAACAACUCAAAUAUUUCUUUCACAUUGCUGAUGUAUGUUCUCCAAGCUUUUCCAUAAUUUGUUUUGUAACAUUGUGACAAUGUUGUUUAGUAAUGAAGUAGAAAUACUAGUAUAUUUUGAGAAUAUUCUUCCUUUACUUGUGUAUAAAAUGUUUGGUUUACUUUCACUGUUAUUUCACUACAUUUUUCAAAACAAAUAGCUACUUUUACUCCAAUAUUUUUUUACUGGACAUAUUCAUCACAGCAAUAUUAAACCAUAAAAUUAAAGAGGUAUGCAAAUGAGCACAACAUGUUAAAAUUUUCAGAUUUUCAAACUUUCAAAUGCUCACCACUUAACAUUGACAUCGAGUCAUCUACAUAGUCAUUACAAGUAAAAUUUGCUGCUGCCUGCAGAACGGGGUGGGGCUGAGUGAUUGGGGCGGGGCUGGAUGUUGGUGAUGCGCAGGCCCAGUCUUGGUUAUGCAUUGCAUUCAGACGCUGCCCUCAUGAUAAGUUGCGUAGCUGAUUUGCAGGCUGCAACGAGGUGUUCAUGUGUUGUAGUUCACUCACCAUGUCAUGUGUGAUGCUCACAUGACUUCUCACAUCAUCCUGGGCACAACGACUCCAAAACAGAGUGUGCACUAGUUGGAAAUAUUCAAGAAAAAUCAAAAGACCAUUCCCUUGAAUGUGAAACAAGAAGUGAUAAAGUCUAGGUAACGUAGUAUAAUAGACUUUAUUUAAUAAAGGGAAAUGCUCUAUUAUGUUUUUUUAUGUGUAAUUUUAUCAUAAACUUAUUUUCUCAGUUUUCUUGUAAUUCAGUGACCAAAAAAUGGGCCAUUUUGGGGCCAGCAAACUCUUAGAAAUUUUUUCCAUGUAAUUUAAUUGUAGUUAGAUGUUUGCAUUGCUAAAAUUCCAUUUAUGAAAGGGUCUUCAGUAAUGGCUUACAGUAGGGGAAGCCUGCACACCUGUCCUGCUGGGGCCUACACUACUAAAUGAAGACAUUUACACGCUUCUACUUUACUGAUUGUAACAUGACUCACAUGCAAACAAGAACUUAGUCUGAAUUGUUUGAAGUUUGUAAGAGCUUUUUUUGCUUAUACAGCAUAUAUAAAAAUCAGGGAGGGACCCUACAUUUACUUGCACUUUUGAUACUUAAGUACACUUGAUUUCAGACACUUUAGAUUAGAUUAGAUUAUUUAUUUACAAAAGCACAUUUAAAACAACGGAAGUUGCGUUAAAGUGUGGUACAAAGAAGCAUUAAGGUAAACACAAUACAAACAAUCAUGCUGGAGUGGAUUAAAAACACAACCAACUAUAACAUCCCCCACAAUCCCAUUAUACACAGUAAAAGGCAGAAGAAAACAAGUUGGUCUUAAGGCGACUUUUAAAAACCUCGAAAGAGGAUGAAGACCUGAUGCAGAAAGACAAGUCAUUCCAAAGCCUAGGAGCAACAACUGAGAAAGCUCGGUCUCCCCUCGACUCAACUUCAGCAGAGAUCUUGCAGCUACGAGGAACAGCUAUCCAGGUGCCGCAUAGGGUGAAGGAGGUCACAGAUGUACUUUGGAGUGAGACCAUGCAAGACUUUACACACAAACAACAAGAUUGUAAAAUCAAUGCGACACCUCACUGGUAGCCAGUGGAGAGAGUGGGGGAGAUAUGAUCCUUUUUUGUAGACCCAGUAAAAAAUCCAACUGCUAUCUCCUGCAUUUUGAACCAGCUGAAGGCGAGACGGAGCAGAGCAGACAUAUUACAAUGCGAAUUACAAUAAUCUAGCCGAGGUGUAAUAAAGGCAUGAAUAACUGUUUCCAAGUCCAAGGAUUUAAGUUUAGAAAUCUGCCUCAGUUGGUAAAAAGUAGACUUUACUAUGUUGAGAUUUGUUUUUCGACGACUUGAAGAUGAUACCUAGGUUUCUGACACUAUUAUGAAUCAUUGCUGCCAAGGAGCCUAACUGAGUGCUGAUUUCAUCUGCUGAUGUGGUAGGACCAAAAAUAAUGACCUCUGUUUUAUUUUCAUCUAAUUGUAAGAAAGUUUGUGUCAUCCGAUAUUUAAUAUCCUCAAAAAGUUUCAACAGCUUUUUUACAGAUGACGUGAUGUCAGGACUGACUUUGAGAUGUAACUGCAUAUCAUCAGCAUAACAAUGAUACACAACAUUGUGUUUGUGAAAAUGAUGAUGGUCCUCAGAGGGAGCAGAUAAAGGGAAAGUAGAAGAAGAGCCAGAAGAGAUCCUUGUGGGUCGCCUUGUGUGAGAGGAGUUCCCAUCUACGAUAACAGACAUAGAUCUACCUUUUAGGGAGGACUCAAACCAUUUCAAUGUACAGCCUUAAACGUUCAGUUCAUACUCAAGCCAUUUAAACAGAACCCCAAGGUCCACCAUGUCAAACGCCGCACUAAGAUCCAAUGAAACUAAGAUUGCAGAAGAGCCCAUGUCCAAAGUUAAUAGAAUAUCAUUCUAAUCUACCAAUUUUCUCAGGGGUAAAUAUCUUCACUUUUACUCAAGUGUGGCUGCACACUGGACAUUAGCACAACUGCUUGAUCAGCCAAAUAUAACAGAUUUAUUUUUGUUAUCUCCUUAAAUGUUUCCCGAAUGAAAGACAAAUAGAAAGUUUAAUCAAUAAAUAGAAAUUCAGAAUGCUUCCACCUGUUUCACAGUAAUCACAGUAAUAAAAACGACUGAAAUUCAAAGAUAAAGUAGACCAACUUUCAAUUUCAAUCAACCCCUGUGCCUUCCAAGGUUGGCGGAGCUAUGUCCAUAUAAAUAAGCUUUGACACAAUCAUUAGUUUUGUUGAAUCUUCUUGUGACCCAAAUCUUUUUAUUUUUCACUUUGUGAUUCAACAGCCACAUGUGGCGUUACAUCUGCUGGGUCUUGGGAGGGAGAAUUUUAAACAGCUCAGGGGUUUCAUUGCAACAAGCGCUGCUCUUUGUUGAAAUGGUGUUAUUUCCGAAACAGGUUAAAAAUAUUUUAAGUGCAAAAUGUGUUUUUAAGAAAUGUGAGAAGCUGCUUUUGUACUUUCUCUUCCUGAAUAUAAAGCUAUUUAAAGAGUUAAAGGAUAACAUUGAAGAAUAUACUUGGAAAAUGUACAUUUUCAACACAUUUUUUUCGGCUGCCACAUUGGGCUGCCCAGCCAAACAAUCGGAAUGAAUAAACAUAAUGAAAAGCAAAGGGGUUAUCAUCUCGAUGUGAGGAUUUAGUAACAAAGCAUAUGUAUCUCAGCUUGUAGCUAUGGUAACCGUCUAGACGUCUACCAGUUAUAUAAAGAAGAGAACAUCACUGUUACGCUGCUAUUUCUUAAAGCUUUCUUUUCUCUAAAAAUAACGCACAACGUGAUAAAUUCCUAGUGUUUGUUAUUUCUGCAAGUUUAAUAUGUUUGAAUAAUGAACAGUGUUGGAGUCUAUAAGCCUGUCUAAGCACAUAAAUUAAUAAAAGCCUUAACUAUUUUUCUA